AUGGCUGGAAGGCUGUGGUCUAAAGCUAUUUUUGCUGGCUAUAAAAGGGUUCUCCAAAACCAAAGGGAGCACACAGCUCUUCUUAAAAUUGAAGGUGUUUAUGCUCAGGAUGAAACUGAAUUCUAUCUGGGUAAGAGAUGUGCUUAUGUGUAUAAAGCAAAGAAUAAUACUGUGACUCCUGGUGGCAAACCUAACAAAACCAGAGUGAUCUGGGGAAAGGUAACCCAUGUUCAUGGAAACAGUGGCAUGGUUAGAGCCAAAUUUCAAAGCAAACUUCCUGCUAAGGCAGGAAUCUGUGUGAUGCUGGAUCCCUCAAGGAUUUAA